AUGCUCAUGAGUGCCUGGUGGGUGAGGCGAGGCUGGGUGGGGUUGCUGGGUGCCCUGUGGCCGUGUCCUUCCUCAGGGACGAGCAGUGGAGGUGGGUGUGUGAGAGGGACUUGGGCGCUCUGUUCACUGGCAACCCGCAGGCUGCUCAAGGCACUGGGGGCUGCUCAAGGCACUGGGGGCUGCUCAAGGCACUGGGGGCUGCUCAAGGCACUGGGGGCUGCUCAAGGCACUGGGGGCUGCUCAAGGCACUGGGGGCUGCUCAAGGCACUGGGGGCUGCUCAAGGCACUGGGGGCUGCUCAAGGCACUGGGGGCUGCUCAAGGCACUGGGGGCUGCUCAAGGCACUGGGGGCUGCUCAAGGCACUGGGGGCUGCUCAAGGCACUGGGGGCUGCUCAAGGCACUGGGGGCUGCUCAAGGCACUGGGGGCUGCUCAAGGCACUGGGGGCUGCUCAAGGCACUGGGGGCUGCUCAAGGCACUGGGGGCUGCUCAAGGCACUGGGGGCUGCUCAAGGCACUGGGGGCUGCUCAAGGCACUGGGGGCUGCUCAAGGCACUGGGGGCUGCUCAAGGCACUGGGGGCUGCUCAAGGCACUGGGGGCUGCUCAAGGCACUGGGGGCUGCUCAAGGCACUGGGGGCUGCUCAAGGCACUGGGGGCUGCUCAAGGCACUGGGGGCUGCUCAAGGCACUGGGGGCUGCUCAAGGCACUGGGGGCUGCUCAAGGCACUGGGGGCUGCUCAAGGCACUGGGGGCUGCUCAAGGCACUGGGGGCUGCUCAAGGCACUGGGGGCUGCUCAAGGCACUGGGGGCUGCUCAAGGCACUGGGGGCUGCUCAAGGCACUGGGGGCUGCUCAAGGCACUGGGGGCUGCUCAAGGCACUGGGGGCUGCUCAAGGCACUGGGGGCUGCUCAAGGCACUGGGGGCUGCUCAAGGCACUGGGGGCUGCUCAAGGCACUGGGGGCUGCUCAAGGCACUGGGGGCUGCUCAAGGCACUGGGGGCUGCUCAAGGCACUGGGGGCUGCUCAAGGCACUGGGGGCUGCUCAAGGCACUGGGGGCUGCUCAAGGCACUGGGGGCUGCUCAAGGCACUGGGGGCUGCUCAAGGCACUGGGGGCUGCUCAAGGCACUGGGGGCUGCUCAAGGCACUGGGGGCUGCUCAGCACUGGGGCUGCUCAAGGCACUGGGGGCUGCUCAAGGCACUGGGGGCUGCUCAAGGCACUGGGGGCUGCUCAAGGCACUGGGGGCUGCUCAAGGCACUGGGGGCUGCUCAAGGCACUGGGGGCUGCUCAAGGCACUGGGGGCUGCUCAAGGCACUGGGGGCUGCUCAAGGCACUGGGGGCUGCUCAAGGCACUGGGGGCUGCUCAAGGCACUGGGGGCUGCUCAAGGCACUGGGGGCUGCUCAAGGCACUGGGGGCUGCUCAAGGCACUGGGGGCUGCUCAAGGUGGGGGCUGCUCAAGGCACUGGGGGCUGCUCAAGGCACUGGGGGCUGCUCAAGGCACUGGGGGCUGCUCAAGGCACUGGGGGCUGCUCAAGGCACUGGGGGCUGCUCAAGGCACUGGGGGCUGCUCAAGGCACUGGGGGCUGCUCAAGGCACUGGGGGCUGCUCAAGGCACUGGGGGCUGCUCAAGGCACUGGGGGCUGCUCAAGGCACUGGGGGCUGCUCAAGGCACUGGGGGCUGCUCAAGGCACUGGGGGCUGCUCAAGGCACUGGGGGCUGCUCAAGGCACUGGGGGCUGCUCAAGGCACUGGGGGCUGCUCAAGGCACUGGGGGCUGCUCAAGGCACUGGGGGCUGCUCAAGGCACUGGGGGCUGCUCAAGGCACUGGGGGCUGCUCAAGGCACUGGGGGCUGCUCAAGGCACUGGGGGCUGCUCAAGGCACUGGGGGCUGCUCAAGGCACUGGGGGCUGCUCAAGGCACUGGGGGCUGCUCAAGGCACUGGGGGCUGCUCAAGGCACUGGGGGCUGCUCAAGGCACUGGGGGCUGCUCAAGGCACUGGGGGCUGCUCAAGGCACUGGGGGCUGCUCAAGGCACUGGGGGCUGCUCAAGGCACUGGGGGCUGCUCAAGGCACUGGGGGCUGCUCAAGGCACUGGGGGCUGCUCAAGGCACUGGGGGCUGCUCAAGGCACUGGGGCUGCUCAAGGCACUGGGGGCUGCUCAAGGCACUGGGGGCUGCUCAAGGCACUGGGGGCUGCUCAAGGCACUGGGGGCUGCUCAAGGCACUGGGGGCUGCUCAAGGCACUGGGGGCUGCUCAAGGCACUGGGGGCUGCUCAAGGCACUGGGGGCUGCUCAAGGCACUGGGGGCUGCUCAAGGCACUGGGGGCUGCUCAAGGCACUGGGGGCUGCUCAAGGCACUGGGGGCUGCUCAAGGCACUGGGGGCUGCUCAAGGCACUGGGGGCUGCUCAAGGCACUGGGGGCUGCUCAAGGCACUGGGGGCUGCUCAAGGCACUGGGGGCUGCUCAAGGCACUGGGGGCUGCUCAAGGCACUGGGGGCUGCUCAAGGCACUGGGGGCUGCUCAAGGCACUGGGGGCUGCUCAAGGCACUGGGGGCUGCUCAAGGCACUGGGGGCUGCUCAAGGCACUGGGGGCUGCUCAAGGCACUGGGGGCUGCUCAAGGCACUGGGGGCUGCUCAAGGCACUGGGGGCUGCUCAAGGCACUGGGGGCUGCUCAAGGCACUGGGGGCUGCUCAAGGCACUGGGGGCUGCUCAAGGCACUGGGGGCUGCUCAAGGCACUGGGGGCUGCUCAAGGCACUGGGGGCUGCUCAAGGCACUGGGGGCUGCUCAAGGCACUGGGGGCUGCUCAAGGCACUGGGGGCUGCUCAAGGCACUGGGGGCUGCUCAAGGCACUGGGGGCUGCUCAAGGCACUGGGGGCUGCUCAAGGCACUGGGGGCUGCUCAAGGCACUGGGGGCUGCUCAAGGCACUGGGGGCUGCUCAAGGCACUGGGGGCUGCUCAAGGCACUGGGGGCUGCUCAAGGCACUGGGGGCUGCUCAAGGCACUGGGGGCUGCUCAAGGCACUGGGGGCUGCUCAAGGCACUGGGGGCUGCUCAAGGCACUGGGGGCUGCUCAAGGCACUGGGGGCUGCUCAAGGCACUGGGGGCUGCUCAAGGCACUGGGGGCUGCUCAAGGCACUGGGGGCUGCUCAAGGCACUGGGGUCUGCUCAAGGCACUGGGGGCUGCUCAAGGCACUGGGGGCUGCUCAAGGCACUGGGGGCUGCUCAAGGCACUGGGGGCUGCUCAAGGCACUGGGGGCUGCUCAAGGCACUGGGGGCUGCUCAAGGCACUGGGGGCUGCUCAAGGCACUGGGGGCUGCUCAAGGCACUGGGGGCUGCUCAAGGCACUGGGGGCUGCUCAAGGCACUGGGGGCUGCUCAAGGCACUGGGGGCUGCUCAAGGCACUGGGGGCUGCUCAAGGCACUGGGGGCUGCUCAAGGCACUGGGGGCUGCUCAAGGCACUGGGGCUGCUCAAGGCACUGGGGGCUGCUCAAGGCACUGGGGGCUGCUCAAGGCACUGGGGGCUGCUCAAGGCACUGGGGGCUGCUCAAGGCACUGGGGGCUGCUCAAGGCACUGGGGGCUGCUCAAGGCACUGGGGGCUGCUCAAGGCACUGGGGGCUGCUCAAGGCACUGGGGCUGCUCAAGGCACUGGGGGCUGCUCAAGGCACUGGGGGCUGCUCAAGGCACUGGGGGCUGCUCAAGGCACUGGGGGCUGCUCAAGGCACUGGGGGCUGCUCAAGGCACUGGGGGCUGCUCAAGGCACUGGGGGCUGCUCAAGGCACUGGGGCUGCUCAAGGCACUGGGGGCUGCUCAAGGCACUGGGGGCUGCUCAAGGCACUGGGGGCUGCUCAAGGCACUGGGGGCUGCUCAAGGCACUGGGGGCUGCUCAAGGCACUGGGGGCUGCUCAAGGCACUGGGGGCUGCUCAAGGCACUGGGGGCUGCUCAAGGCACUGGGGGCUGCUCAAGGCACUGGGGGCUGCUCAAGGCACUGGGGGCUGCUCAAGGCACUGGGGGCUGCUCAAGGCACUGGGGGCUGCUCAAGGCACUGGGGGCUGCUCAAGGCACUGGGGGCUGCUCAAGGCACUGGGGGCUGCUCAAGGCACUGGGGGCUGCUCAAGGCACUGGGGGCUGCUCAAGGCACUGGGGGCUGCUCAAGGCACUGGGGGCUGCUCAAGGCACUGGGGGCUGCUCAAGGCACUGGGGGCUGCUCAAGGCACUGGGGGCUGCUCAAGGCACUGGGGUCUGCUCAAGGCACUGGGGGCUGCUCAAGGCACUGGGGGCUGCUCAAGGCACUGGGGGCUGCUCAAGGCACUGGGGGCUGCUCAAGGCACUGGGGGCUGCUCAAGGCACUGGGGGCUGCUCAAGGCACUGGGGGCUGCUCAAGGCACUGGGGGCUGCUCAAGGCACUGGGGCUGCUCAAGGCACUGGGGUCUGCUCAAGGCACUGGGGGCUGCUCAAGGCACUGGGGGCUGCUCAAGGCACUGGGGGCUGCUCAAGGCACUGGGGGCUGCUCAAGGCACUGGGGGCUGCUCAAGGCACUGGGGGCUGCUCAAGGCACUGGGGGCUGCUCAAGGCUGCAACACCCAUUCUGCACCACUUCGCUCCACCUCGCAUCCCUCUCAUCACUGCACUGCUCCUCUCCGUGCCCUCCUCCACACCAACUCCCUGUCCGUGCCGCUACGGUGCGGGCGCGGGUGCACUACUUACGGGCAUCCUGCAGGUGCGGGAGCGGUUGAAGGCUGCUGGGUGCCCCAUUUCUGUGAUCUUCUUCCAGGACGAGCGUAGGGAGAAGGAGGUGUGUGGCAGCAUGGGUGGUAGUGGGCCACUUAUGUUAUCGCUCACUAGCAGGGAACGUUGA